GCUGGGCGGGGCUGCCACGGGGACCCGGAGGCGGCGAAGCGACCCGCGCUGCCCACAGCGCGGAGCGGGUGGCAGCGCCAUGGCAGGCUGCUGCUCCGUGCUCGGGGCCUUCCUGUUCGAGUACGACACGCCGCGCAUCGUGCUCAUCCGCAGCCGUAAAGUGGGGCUCAUGAACCGCGUGGUGCAGCUGCUCAUCCUGGCUUACGUCAUCGGGUGGGUGUUUGUGUGGGAAAGGGGCUACCAGGAAACUGACUCAGUGGUCAGCUCGGUGACAACCAAGGCCAAAGGUGUGGCGGUGACCAACACUUCUGAACUUGGGUUCCGGAUCUGGGAUGUGGCAGACUAUGUAAUUCCAGCUCAGGAGGAAAACUCCCUCUUCAUCAUGACCAACAUGAUCAUCACUGUGAACCAGACACAGAGCACGUGUCCAGAGAUCCCUGAUAAGACCACCAUUUGUAACUCAGACUCCAACUGCACUCUUGGCUCCGCGGGCACCCACAGCAAUGGUAGGAGAAUUGGGACUGGAAAGUGUGUUCCAUUCAAUGAGUCUGUGAAGACCUGUGAGGUGGCAGCAUGGUGCCCAGUGGAGAAUGAUGCUGGUGUGCCAACGCCAGCUCUUUUAAAAGCUGCAGAAAACUUCACCCUCUUGGUAAAGAACAACAUCUGGUACCCCAAGUUUAACUUCAGCAAGAGGAAUGUCCUCUCCAACAUCACCACUGCCUACCUCAAAUCCUGCAUUUAUGAUGCUCAAACAGACCCCUUCUGCCCCAUAUUCCGUCUUGGCAAAAUCGUGGAGGAUGCAGGGCACAGGUUCCAGGAUAUGGCGGUGGAGGGAGGCAUCAUGGGCAUUCAGAUCAAGUGGGACUGCAACCUGGACAGAGCUGCCUCCCUGUGUCUUCCCAGAUAUUCCUUCCGGCGCCUUGACACCAGGGACCUGGAACACAAUGUGUCUCCUGGCUACAAUUUCAGGUUUGCCAAGUACUACAGAGACCCUGCUGGCAGAGAACAGCGCACACUCAUCAAGGCAUAUGGCAUCCGCUUUGACAUCAUUGUGUUUGGAAAGGCUGGCAAGUUUGACAUCAUCCCCACCAUGAUCAACGUUGGCUCCGGCUUGGCGCUGCUGGGGGUGGCGACAGUGCUAUGUGACGUCAUAGUCCUCUACUGCAUGAAGAAAAGAUACUACUAUCGAGACAAGAAAUACAAGUAUGUGGAAGACUACGAGCAGGGUCUUUCUGGGGAGAUGGACCAGUGACGCCCGCCCCCACACGUCAACCCCACACAGGCCUCGUCGAAGCAGUGAGAUGCGAGAAAUGGCUGCUGCAACAUUCUAGAGAAAGUCCCAGAGUUCAGCUCAGUCUCCAGUCCACACAUACUCAGGGUUGCCCAGCAGGUCUUGUGUUGUUGUCGUUUCUGAGCCUGGGUCUUGCUCUGCAGCCCAGACAGGCUUCAGAUUCAAAUCCUCUGGCGUCAGCCUCCAU